ACAAGAGUGACGGACCCAAAAAACCCAAAACGAGUAGCCUACAUUGUGAAAGCAGUUCAAUAUGGAAAGGAACUCACAGAAGAAGAACACAAAAAGGUCGAAGACUUAGUGGAAAAAUAUGCAGACAUUUUUGCAUGCUCACUUUCAGAAGUCCUCCCUGUACCUGGAGCCCAACAUCGAUUGAACAUACCGGAAAGCGUGACAUUCAGCCUACACAUUCGUCAGCAAGCACUUAUGCUGCCACAAACCCAAUUCUUACAUAGUAGGGUUGACAAAAUGUUAGCCAUGGGAAUAAUUGAAAAAACAUUGGCAGAACAACUCAAAUGCUGCACCACCACAGUGUUAGCACAGAAGGUGCAU